CAAUAGGAAUCUCUCAUUGUCUCUUUAUUUACAAAAUGGCUGAUUGUUGCGGGAAAAUUUGUGACUUAUGGCAAUAAAAUUGAAAUAUCAUAAAAAAUUUCAAUGAUUUAAAAUGAAAUGUGUAAUACCAGGUGUAAAUAUCAAAGUCUUUGGAAGGGCAGUUCAUUCACUGUCUAAAAUUGGAGAUGAAUUAUAUGUGGAGCCUAUGGAGCAAGGUUUUGCGCUACGAACCGUUAAUUCCACCCGAUCUGCCUAUGCCUACAUGUUGUUUUCACCCUCAUUUUUUACACACUAUGAUGAUGGCUCUGCAUUGCUAAAGUCAAAUGAUAGUGAAGAUGAAGGGCUACGAUGUAAAGUUAAUAUGAAGUCCAUGUUGACAGUAUUUAAAUCACUAUCCUCCAUAGAGAGAAGUGUAGAAAGAUGUAAGAUAACUCUCAAUACACCAGAAGCUAGAUUAGUCUUCCAGUUAUAUUGUAGACACGGUAUUGUCAAGACUCACAACUUGGCCUUCAUUGAAUGUGAAACAUUACAAGCGGUAUUUUCUAAAGAUUUAACUCCAAAUAAAUUAACUGCCCAUCCCAAGUUGCUAUGUGAUGCAGUUAUUAAUUUCCAGAAUAAUCAAGAGGAGGUCACUCUAAUUGCUAAACCUAAUAAAAUCUCAUUGAAAAAUUAUGUUGAUGACGAACCAGAUCCAAAGAAAGUAGUUUUGACAGAGAUGCACCUAGAUCCAAGUGAAUUUGAUAAUUGUCAGUUAGGUGUUGAUACAGAGAUUACAUUUUGUCUUAAAGAAUUAAGAGCAAUAUUAGGGUUUGCAGAAGUUAUAAGUUUACCAAUUAAUAUGCAUUUUGAAAGAGCUGGAAGACCUAUAGUGAUGUCUAUAGAUAGUGAUAAAACAUUUGAAGCCAAUUUUGUUUUAGCUACACUAGCAGAUUGUGACAGUCAAACAGCUCAUACACAUUCAGUCUCACAAAAUACACCCAAACAUAGAAUGAAAUCACAGUCUAAACAAAAAAGAUCUAACAGUAGUCGUGUUAAAAGUACUGCACCUAGUACAUCAGAUCAAAGUAAUGGCUUUGGUAAUAAUACUAAGGAGAAAAGGCCAGCACGAUCAUUUGAUGAAGAGUUUGAAGAUGAUUUUGAUGAGAUGAUUUGUAACGACCCGUCUGUUGAUCAGUUAUCUAGGGUUGAACCCCAAAAUAUACCUAACAAAAAUACUACCACUUCUAGAAGCACCCAUCCAGUCACUGUAUCUAACCUAUCAAACACAAGACAGUCAGACGCACCUUCUUUACAAUCUUCCAGCGAGAGAGCAUAUAGUCCUGUAAUACCCAUGCAGUGUGAAUCAUCAAAGAUCCCACGUCCACCCGAAACAUUAAAUCAAUCUGAGAUGCAAGACCUGGAUGAAGAUCUGGAUGAUACAAUACCUGGUACACCACCCAGUAAAAAGUUCAGAUCAAUGAUUUUUGGUUUAUCUCAAUCACAAGGUAGUCAGCAAUCAAAAAAUAAACCAUUACAAAAUGUACAAGUUUUAGCAGAAGAUACUGAUGAAGAUGACUGAUGUACAUCAUAUUUUAAUUCAUCCUGUAAAUUAACAAUGGUGGCUGAUUUACUUAGAAAUAUUUAACUCUUUUGAUACCACGAGACAUAGAUAUCUGUCUGAUGUGCCCAAAAGCCGUUGUCAGCAUAUCGGCUGUGGAUCAUUAAAUGAUUGUAGGUAGAGAUAUUUUUUUUUAUCUUAUUGAUGUGUUGGAGGAUCUCUAUGUUUAUUUAGAAACAAACUGCAUGAAACUGCAGUGGAAGAUCUUUAUAAUCAACUGAGACGAUCAUUAAUUUAUUACCAAUAUACUAUAAUGUUUUAAUAAUGCGAAUAAAUUAACAAGUGCUAUAUGAGUUUUGAUUACAUCCUCAAAGAUAUUUAUGAAAGUGAAGUCAUUAAGUAUAACAUCCGAUAAAGUGUAACAGCCAAAUGAAAUAUGGUCAACUUAAAAAAAUGAAAUUCUAAUAUGGUUGGUAAAAAAAAAAUAGACUUGGGCACAGAGUGGAAAAUAAUUUGGUAGUUAAAGAAAAUAGCCAAAACUAUAUUAAUUAUUAUUAGUCAUAUCUUUAGAAAUGAAUGAAUAAGAUAACGAUUUCAAAUGCAUGUAUGUUCUCAGCUCAUAAUUCAAAUUAUUGAAUUCUAAUACUGGCAAUUUUCAAGUAAAGGAUGAAUAUAAACACAUGCUGUUAUUAUAUUAAAAGUGAUGAAUGAUAUUCAAAUUAUAAUCACAACAAAGCUAUGAUCAUGCAUAGUUUUGCCUGAUUUUACAGUGAAAUUAAAGUGUUUUUUUAUGUGAUUGUUACUAUUAUUGACAACUUUAAUGUAAUUUUUUAAAAAUAUUUAUGUUGAGUUUAAAUGUAAAUAUACACUUUCUUUACACAGGUGUUAACUUCUUUAUUUUAACCUA